AGCAAAACAUAAGCAAAUACUGAGGCAUCCUUGUUUGUACGGUACUUGAGGAUUGUUUUAAUGACCGGAUUCGCAUAACUCAAUAUAAGAAGUUUCAUUAUUUAUUAGAAGAGCAAGUCGGAUUCAAAUGGAAUUCGUUAUCGAUUUAUGGAAAAUUAAAGCACUUCUGUUCUUGAUACACCUGUCCAUCGCUGUUGCACAAAACUGUUCUCAAACGGUAUGCAACCAAGGGUCUUCUAGCUGGGUUAGCAUGUGGUAUGUUUGGUUGAUAUUGCUUGCUAUAUUUGCAUUUCUUUCUUGUGGUAUUGCAAUAAGCUGCAUCAAGUUUUGUUGCAAAAAGAAAAAAACUCCAGCCCAGGCUUUUCCACGGCCAUAUGAGGUGACUAUUAUUUCCAUUGAUGAUGAAAGCAGCAUUGCAAGCUCUGCAUAUAAUUCACUUCAUUAUCCAUCUGUUGCACAUCCAAACUUACCAGUUGGAGAUAUGGAAAGUGUUUUGGUGCCUCCUCCGCCAUACAGGCUGUAUGCAUCAGAGCUACCGCCAUCCUAUGAUGAAGCCAUUCACAUGGGAAAGCCUACCAGCAUGUCUGUAGUAACACAUGCAGGAUUAAAGUCAUACACAGUGCCUGAGGAAUCUCAACCAAGCCAAGACCUAACAGACUGUCAGUGAGAUGAAUGUAGCCAUCCAGAAAAAAAUUGCAAAAACAAGAUAAUUCCCAGCUGCUAGCUUUCUGGCAUUGUCCAUUGCAGAGAUUUGGUGUUUCCAACUUCUAUGUUUCUCAUCAGAUAGACAGGAAGGAAUAUACAUUUUGUGUAUUUCUAUAUCGGAAAACUUGAAUAAUGAUGUUUCAUAACGAGAGGAGGUGAUUUUUGAACUUGGGUACAGUUGUAUGAAAACAGCCUGAGGCCAGCAAGAGGAUUGUAGUCUUUACUGCCAGACAUUGACUAAGUGCCAAACAAGCUUCAUUCACAAUAACUUUGGUUAUUGUGAAUGGUUUCAUAUUACUUCUGUCAUGAAGUUUGCAGAAACUCUUUAAAAGACAUUUGCUAAUCUUUCUUCCCCAGAAAGUUUGAUUGGCUUUUUCAGCACAUUGCUGUAAUAGUGAAUUUGUUGCUAAGCAACAGCAUGUUACUGCUCUUCCAGCAACUUUAAUGCAUACUUUUCAUGCAUCGUAUGUUUAGACUUAGAAUUGAGAAAAUGUUCUGCUUUAUAUCAUUUGUCUGGUUUUAAACAGUCUUCCGGGAGUAUGUUCUAGUAUGUCUCAAGGGGGAUGUUCUAGUGUGACACACCAUGAACGUUUCAGCAAGUAAACACAAUCUCAAUGACUGUCUAAAAAUGCCAAGUGCUUACCAUCUUUAACAAGACCUCACUUGCAGUUAACUAAGAAAAAAAUAAAUAAAUCUAUCAGAGCAGCAAAUACUGGAGUUUUAGAAAUGCUUAUUUACUUAAUACAUUUAAGCUAUUCACUGAUCAUUAAAAUACAGUGUUGCUAAGGAUGUAGACCAGAAGACGCAAGUCAUUAAUAAUAUAUACCUUUUAUUUGUACGCUGACAAAUGUCUAUGAAGGACAGAUAAUUUUAUAAUAUUUAUACAACAAAAAUAAAAUUUUAACACGA